CAUGAAGAUGCUGUCAACUUUGUUUUUGGUAAUAGAAGAUGCUGCUAUCUAAUUAUUAAAUGAAACCUUUAAGAAUAAAUAUUCCUUUUCUUUCACCAAAAUUAAAUUUAAAUAAUUUCACACUAGUUUCAUCUUUAACCAAUCAAAUUCUUUAAUCUCUCAAUUGAUAAUCAAAUUCAAAGGUUACUUAACCUAUAAGAUCUACAACUUAUAAGUAGUCAAAAUCAAGCAAGAAAAAUAUCUUUGCUUUGAUUGAAUUUCAACAGGUAUGGUUUCAAAAGCAGUAAUAGUGUUAAUCAUAGGUCUUCUAGGAAUGGUUUAUCAAGCAACUCAACUUCCAGCACCAAAGAGUAAUGAUUAUGAUUCAGUUGUUGAUGAUGAAGAAAAUGGUUUUAUGGUUUCAACAAGAAUUCAACUCAGUGAUGGAAGAUUUCUUGCUUAUAGAGAAAGUGGUGUUACAAAGGAUAAAGCAAAACAUAGCAUCAUUGUUGUUCAUGGUUUUGGAAGCUCUAAAGAUAUGAACUUUCCUGCACCACAAGAACUAAUAGAUGAGCUAGGAGUAUAUAUUCUGCAUUAUGAUCGAGCUGGUUAUGGACAAAGUGAUCCAAAUCCCAAACGCUCGCUGAAAAGUGAAGCACUUGACAUUGAAGAACUAGCUGAUCAGUUACAAAUAGGAUCAAAAUUUCAUGUGAUUGGAGUUUCAAUGGGAUCAUAUGCUACCUGGAGUUGUCUGAACUAUAUCCCUAACAGGCUAGCUGGUGUGGCUAUGAUAGCACCAACCAUCAACUAUGAAUGGCCUUCCCUUCCUCAGAGUCUUGUAAGGGAUGACUACAGAAGGAAACUUAUUAAGAUUGCUAUGUGGCUUGCAAGAUAUUCUCCUACACUGUUACACUGGUGGGUGAGUCAAAAGUGGCUCCCUUCAAAUUCUGUCAUAGAAAAAAAUCCAGCAUUCUUCAACAAAAGAGAUAUAGAAAUUUUAGAGAGAAUUCCAGGGUUUCCAAUGCUUACUAAGGAAAAAUUGAGGCACGAGGUUGUUUAUAACACUCUCAGGGGUGAUUGGAUGACUGCCUUUGGCAAUUGGGAAUUUGAUCCAAUGAAGCUUAGUAAUCCAUUCCCUCAAAAUAACAGAAGUUCAGUUCACAUUUGGCAGGGCUAUGAAGAUAAAGUAGUGCCCUCUCAAAUUCAAAGGUUCAUUUCAGAGAAGCUACCAUGGAUACAAUAUCAUGAAGUUGUAGAUGGUGGCCAUUUAAUUGUACAUUAUAGUGGCUUAGGCGAGGCGAUUUUGAAGGCACUUUUACUUGGGGAAGAAGAUAUUUCAUAUAAACCUAGAUCAUCAUCGAUAUCUGUAUCAUGAUUUGUCAUGAUAUGAUUAUAGACCAUUAUGUUGUUGGCUUAUUUUUUUUAGGAGAAUGUUAGAUAUGUGUAAAUCACAUUCAUUGGUUGAAAGGAGGAAAAAGUUAUAUAUCAUGUAUAUCAACUUUUUUUCAUUUUUGAAAGAAAUGUUAGAAACAUAUUUCUUUGCUAA